AUGAAACGGUCCACAACUGGCGAUUUUUCAAAGAAUAAAAAACUGUGUCUUUCAUCUUCACCUACAUCGCAUACGAAGAACAUGAAACGUCUAGAGCUAACAAGCUUAUUAUCUCCUAUUAGAGAUAUGGUGCUACACCUUGACAAAGGCGAAACUGAAUAUUGCAUAUCAGAUCAGUUACCAACUACGAAAAAUGACUCUGAAGAGGAAGAAGAAGAAGACGACGAUGAUGAUGAUGAUGAUGAAGAAGAGGAAGAAAUAGAUAAUCAUAACACCGUAGCACUGAUACAAAAGACGCUUAAAAGCAUAGCACAUCGACAGAUACGACUAGAGACAGAAAAUAAACGUCUUCGGAUAGCUAUAAAGCAACAGCAUCACUUGUUAACACAACCACAUGACGAAGAAAGCAACAAAAAUAAAGUAGAAGAAAAAGAAAAAAAGAAAUCACCUGUAAAUACUUAUCAUGGAACACCUGAAGAUUGUAUUUCUUCUUUUCGAACUUCUCCAAUGUUAGAUAAAUUACAAUUAACGCCCAAUACAACAGAAAACCAACAGCAACCAGAAUUAUUGGAAAGCUGUCAAAAUUGCGUAAAUCAAGCAAUUCAAGUAGUCUCUGCUAUACAUAGCGGCAAGCUCGAUCAACGAAUUCAAUGUCAACAUGCAACAAACAGUGAUCUCAAAAAUGCUGUCAAUUCAAUGGCUAAUCAACUGCAAAACAUCACACAACGUGUUCUUAAAACUGUUCAUGAAAUCGCUAUAGAAGGAAAACUAGGUAUACAAACAGAUAUUGAUGAUACCAUGGAAGGCAGUUGGAGAGAAUUUAUCUUGCAUUUGAACCGCAUGGCCCGAAAUCAUUCCGAACAAGUAAGAGAUAUUGCUGAUGUAUCAACGGCUAUUGCUAGAGGCGAUUUAAGUAAGACAAUGACUGUGCCUGCAAAAGGCGAAACACUUGUCUUGAAAAAUACAUUUAAUACAAUGGUGAAUCAUUUGAACUUGUUUGCUUCUGAAGUUACUCGUGUUGCUCAUGAAGUGGGUACUGAAGGCAAACUGGGUGUUGAAGCAAAAGUCGCUGGCGUCGACGGCAUUUGGAAAGAACUGACAGAUAAUGUAAAUACAAUGGCAACUAACCUUACAAAUCAAGUGAGAGAUAUCGCUCAUGUCUCAAAAGCUGUUGCCUGCGGCGAUUUGACAAAGAAAGUCAAGGUGGAGGUGAAAGGAGAAAUGCUAGAUUUGAAGAACACAAUCAAUACAAUGGUUGACCAGUUAUCUAUUUUUGCUGGCGAAGUGACACGUGUGUCCUUAGAAGUAGGUGUUGAUGGUCUUUUAGGUGGUCAAGCUGUAGUGAAAGAUGUAGGUGGUACUUGGAAGGACUUGACAAACCAUGUCAAUAUGAUGUCUGAGAAAAUUGGUGGACAAGUUCGAGAUAUUGCGGCAGUUGCUAAAGCCGUAGCAGAAGGUGAUUUGACCAAAAAAGUUACUUGCGAUGCACAAGGUGAAGUUCUCGACUUGAUUAAUACGAUGAAUACAAUGGUUGAUCAGUUGAACAAUUUCUCAGCAGAAGUGACCAGAGUAUCAUUAGAGGUUGGUGUCGAAGGUAAAUUAGGUGGCCAAGCAGUAGUUAAAGAUGUCGGAGGUACAUGGAAAGAUUUGACAGAUAAUGUCAACCUAAUGGCAGCCAACUUGACUACUCAAGUACGUUCCAUUGCUGAAGUUACAACUGCAGUUGCAAAAGGAGAUCUUUCUAAAAAGAUUGAUGUCGAAACUCGAGGCGAAAUUUUUGAUUUGAAGAACACUGUCAAUAGCAUGGUAGACCAAUUGAAUGUGUUUGCCUCUGAAGUCUCUCGUGUGGCUCGCGAAGUAGGCACAGAAGGCAAGCUUGGCGGUCAAGCUGUUGUACCUAACGUUGAUGGUACGUGGAUGGAUCUGACAGACAAUGUGAAUCAGAUGGCAGCCAAUCUUACGAGUCAAGUGAGAUCGAUUGCCGAAGUAACAAAAGCCGUCGCUUUAGGCGAUUUGUCCAAGAAGAUUGAGGUCGAGUCUGGAGGAGAGAUCUUAGAGCUAAAGAACAUUGUAAACGACAUGGUAGACCAACUCCGUGUGUUUGCCUCAGAAGUAACACGUGUAUCAAAAGAAGUCGGCACUGAAGGCAAAUUAGGUGGUCAGGCUGUUGUACAAGAUGUGGCUGGUACAUGGCACGAACUAACUGACAAUGUGAAUCAGAUGGCAGCCAAUCUUACAAACCAAGUGCGCUCUAUUGCUGAAGUUACCAAAGCCGUCGCUUUAGGCGAUUUGUCCAAGAAGAUUGAGGUCGAGUCUGGAGGAGAGAUCUUAGAGCUAAAGAACAUUGUCAAUAGUAUGGUAGACCAAUUGAAUGUGUUUGCCUCUGAAGUCUCUCGUGUGGCUCGUGAAGUAGGCACAGAAGGAUCUCUCGGUGGUCAAGCUGUUGUGCCUAAUGUAGGUGGCACUUGGAAAGACCUCACAGAAAACGUAAACCAUAUGGCAGCCAAUCUUACAUACCAAGUACGCUCUAUUGCUGAAGUGACAAAAGCAGUAGCUAACGGUGACAUGAGCAAGAAGAUUGAAGUAGAAUCAGGUGGUGAAAUUCUAGAGCUCAAGAACACAGUCAAUAACAUGGUGGACCAACUUCGAAUAUUUGCAUCCGAAGUGACGCGUGUGUCAAAAGAAGUGGGUACAGAAGGAAAACUUGGUGGCCAAGCCAUUGUGCAAGGUGUAGCCGGCACCUGGAAAGAUUUGACAGACAAUGUCAAUAUGAUGGCAGCCAAUCUAACAACCCAAGUACGUUCAAUCGCUGAAGUUACAAAGGCAGUAGCGAAUGGUGAUCUAUCGAAAAAAAUUGAAGUAGAGUCUGGCGGAGAAAUUGCAGAGUUAAAGAAUAUUGUCAACAACAUGGUGGAUCAGUUGAGAGUUUUCGCUUCAGAAGUAACACGUGUAGCCAAAGAAGUUGGUACUGAAGGCAAGCUUGGUGGUCAAGCCGUAGUUCAAGGUGUCGGUGGUACUUGGGAGAGUCUUACAGAUAAUGUCAAUAUCAUGGCAGCUAAUUUGACAAACCAAGUACGUUCUAUUGCUGAAGUUACCAAAGCCGUCGCUUUAGGCGAUUUGUCCAAGAAGAUCGAGGUCGAGUCUGGUGGUGAGAUUCUCGAAUUGAAAAACAUUGUGAACAACAUGGUGGAUCAACUGAAUGUGUUUGCCUCUGAAGUCUCUCGUGUGGCUCGCGAAGUAGGCACAGAAGGCAAGCUUGGCGGUCAAGCUGUUGUACCUAACGUUGAUGGUACGUGGAUGGACCUGACAGACAAUGUGAAUCAGAUGGCAGCCAAUCUUACGAGUCAAGUGAGAUCGAUUGCCGAAGUAACAAAAGCCGUCGCUUUAGGCGAUUUGUCCAAGAAGAUCGAGGUCGAGUCUGGUGGUGAGAUUCUCGAAUUGAAAAACAUUGUGAACAACAUGGUGGAUCAACUGAAUGUGUUUGCCUCUGAAGUCUCUCGUGUGGCUCGCGAAGUAGGCACAGAAGGCAAGCUUGGCGGUCAAGCUGUUGUACCUAACGUUGAUGGUACGUGGAUGGAUCUGACAGACAAUGUGAAUCAGAUGGCAGCCAAUCUUACGAGUCAAGUGAGAUCGAUUGCCGAAGUAACAAAAGCCGUCGCUUUAGGCGAUUUGUCCAAGAAGAUUGAGGUCGAGUCUGGAGGAGAGAUCUUAGAGCUAAAGAACAUUGUAAACGACAUGGUAGACCAACUCCGUGUGUUUGCCUCAGAAGUAACACGUGUAUCAAAAGAAGUCGGCACUGAAGGCAAAUUAGGUGGUCAGGCUGUUGUACAAGGUGUGGCUGGAACAUGGAUGGAUCUGACAGACAAUGUGAAUAUUAUGGCCGCAAAUCUGACAACCCAAGUGCGUUCCAUCGCCGAAGUGACCAAAGCAGUAGCAAGUGGUGAUAUGAGCAAAAAGAUUCAUGUAGAGACGCGUGGUGAAAUUCUUGACCUGAAGAUUACCGUGAAUGACAUGGUUGACCAACUAAGAGUAUUUGCUUCUGAAGUUACCCGUGUUGCUCGUGAGGUUGGUACAGAAGGCAAAUUAGGUGGUCAAGCAACUAUUAUCGGUGUCGAUGGUACUUGGAAGGACUUGACAGAUAAUGUCAAUCUGAUGGCAAGCAAUUUGACAGAUCAACUGCGUUCUAUUGCUGCUGUAUGUAAAGCUGUAGCUCAAGGCGAUCUUAGUAAAAAGAUUGAAGUUGAAGUUCAUGGCGAGAUUGCAGAGUUGAAGAAUACGAUUAAUACCAUGGUGGAUCAAUUGAGCUCCUUUGCUUCUGAAGUGACGAGAGUCGCAAAGGAAGUAGGUACUGAAGGCAAAUUGGGUGUUCAGGCCCAAGUGGAAGACAUUGAAGGUCUCUGGCGCGAUAUCACUAGUAAUGUCAACACAAUGGCUUCUAAUUUAACAACACAAGUCCGUGCUUUUGCUCAGAUUUCUGCUGCCGCUACCGAGAAUGACUUCUCUCGAUUGAUUACUGUAGAAGCAUCGGGUGAAAUGGAUUCAUUAAAGACCAAAAUCAAUCAAAUGGUCAACUCGCUUCGUGACGCCAUUCAAAAGAACAGACAGGCCAGAGAAGCUGCAGAACUGGCUAAUAGAUCCAAGAGUGAGUUUUUAGCCAACAUGAGCCACGAAAUCCGUACUCCUAUGAACGGUAUCAUUGGUAUGACGUCCCUCACACUUGAAACUGAAUUGACUCGGCAACAAAGAGAAAACUUGAUGAUCGUAUCCAGCCUUGCCAAUAGUUUGCUGAGCAUCAUUGACGACAUUCUAGACAUCUCAAAGAUUGAAGCUGGUCGAAUGACGAUUGAGUCUAUCCCUUUCUCUCUUCGUUCUGCUAUUUUUAGUGUCCUCAAAACAUUAGCCGUCAAAGCCAAUCAAAAAAAGCUUGAUCUGGUUUAUAAUGUUGAUUGUGCUAUUCCAGACCAGUUGAUCGGCGAUCCUCUUCGUUUGCGACAAGUUAUUACAAACUUAAUUGGAAAUGCCGUCAAGUUCACAACCCGUGGCGAAGUAUCUUUGGAAACAAGGGUUGUGUCUGAUUCAGGUGAUGAUGUUAUUUUAGAACUUUGUGUACGCGACACAGGUAUUGGUAUUCAAGAGGAUAAGUUGAGCGUGAUUUUCGAUACUUUCUGUCAAGCUGAUGGCUCAACAACUCGUGAAUAUGGUGGUACUGGUCUUGGUUUAUCUAUCUCUAAACACUUGGUUCAAUUGAUGGGUGGUGACUUAUGGGUCACCUCUGUCUAUGGUCGUGGAUCUCAAUUCUAUUUUACACUCAACUUCAAGCGAUAUCCAAAAGAAAGAUACGAUGCUUUUGAAAAGAUGAAGCGUUACAAGGGGCGCAAUAUCUUAUUCUUAGAUGGAAAGGAUGAUGAGAUGGGUAUUGAAUCAAAACUUCAUGAACUUGGUUUGUCACCCUUCCGAGUAACUGGUAUAUCUGAAUCUGUAAAUAUGACCAGUCUUCCCGCAUUCCAAACCAAUAACAACAAACAACCACUUUUGUUUGACACUGUCAUUGUGGACAAUGUUGCCUAUGCUGAAAAAAUCCGUGAAGCAGUUCAUUUACGAUACACGCCUAUUAUCUUAAUUGCACCAGAAAUCCAUCGCCUCAAUAUGAAACUUUGCAUUGAUCUGGGUAUCACUGGUUAUAUCAAUUCACCUGUUACCUUGUCUGAUCUUGCUUAUACUCUUUUACCUGCGCUUGAAAGUCAUUCUUCGCUUCCAAGCGAUGCUUCUAUACCCCUUCCUCUUGAAAUCUUGUUGGCUGAGGACAAUAUCGUAAAUCAAAAACUAGCUGUACGCAUACUUGAGAAGUUUGGUCAUAAAGUGGAAAUCGUAUCUAACGGUAAACUUGCUGUUGAAGCUUUUGAAAAAAGCAGCUAUGAUCUAAUCUUGAUGGAUGUUCAAAUGCCAGUAAUGGGUGGUUUUGAAGCUACUCAAAAGAUUCGAGAGAUUGAACUUAGAGCAGGCAAUGGAUCGCAUGUUCCCAUUAUUGCAUUGACAGCACAUGCGAUGAUUGGUGACAGAGAAAAAUGCUUGCAGUCUGGCAUGGAUGAAUAUGUAACUAAACCAUUAAGGUUCCCUGAGCUUAUUGCGGCUAUCAAGAAGUUUGCACCACAAUCAGCACACACAAUGCUCAUGAACAAACCAAACAAAAAACGAUAG